AUGGCAAACACUCGUGUGUCGAUGGUUUCCUUGUGGCUAAUUCUGAACGUUAUUCUAACCCUUUUUCCUUAUCUUGCGAACGCAUCGUCGUGCAAAGCCAAUGGCUUAGAGUCCCCCGAAGUCAACCCUUCUGGAACGCACGCCAUCCUCACUGUAAACGACUUCGCCCGCGGCGGGGACGGAGGGGGCCCCUCCGAAUGCGACGGAAAGUUCCAUCCGUUGCCAGAAAGAGUGGUGGCACUGUCCACGGGAUGGUACAGUAAAGGUGCACGGUGCGGGCGAAAGAUAAAAAUCAAAGCCAGAAAUGGGAGGAGCACGGUGGCGAAGGUGGUGGAUGAAUGUGACUCCGCGCAUGGCUGUGGGAAAUCAAGAGCUUGCAGGACCAACGUUGUUGAUGCCUCUAAAACUGUGUGGAAGGACUUGGGACUCAACGUUGAUGAUGGUGAAGUACCAGUGAUUUGGACCAUGGCUUAA